GGGGGACUUUGUGGGGGGAGGGCGGGGGCCCAGUCUUGGCUUGAAGUUCGAACUGGACUAACCACCGUCUCCCUCGCCGCCGCCGCCGCUCCGGCCGCCGACCCAGACAGACCAGCGCGGUGAAAGUGACCAGGUGACACUGACCUGGAUCUUCUCCCGCCGCCUCCCCUUCAAUCCACCCGCGACCGGCGCGCUCUUCUACUCCUCCUCGUCAGCCUCCCCAUCCAGCCCUGGGAAAGCACGCCAACACCCUCCCCUCGGGCUUCUCCGCCAGUGUGCAGCCCCCGGCCGAUCAGGCUGGCUCCCGUUGCCCGAUGAACUGCCUGAAAGACGCGCUGAGCCUGGAGCGGUUGGGAGUCGGGAAUAAACUGUGCUCCACCUCCCCCUCCUCUUCCUCCACCUCUUCCUCCUCCUCCUCCUCUUGCCACCACCACCACCACCACCACCAUCACCACCAGCCGGCCCUGGUCAUGGCUUCAGCCCUGACCCCUGGGCAGCCGCGCUCGGCCUUGGAUUCUGCCAAACACCGGCUGGAGGUGCACACCAUCUCCGACACCUCCAGCCCAGAGGCCGCAGAAAAGGACAAAAGCCAGCCCAGCAAGAAUGAAGACCCGGGCCCCGAGGAUCCGUCCAAAAAGAAGCGGCAGCGGCGGCAGCGGACUCACUUCACCAGCCAGCAGCUCCAGGAGCUGGAGGCCACUUUCCAAAGGAACCGCUACCCGGACAUGUCGACGCGGGAGGAGAUCGCCGUCUGGACCAACCUCACGGAGGCCAGAGUCAGGUUGUAUUUCCGAAACCGCCGGGCCAAGUGGCGGAAGCGCGAGCGGAACCAGCAGGCGGAGCUGUGCAAGAACGGCUUCGGGCCCCAAUUCAACGGCCUGAUGCAGCCUUACGACGACAUGUACCCGGGCUACUCGUACAACAACUGGGCGGCCAAGGGCCUGACGUCGGCCUCGCUCUCCACCAAGAGCUUCCCUUUCUUCAACUCCAUGAACGUCAACCCGCUGUCCUCGCAGAGCAUGUUCUCGCCGCCCAACUCCAUCUCGUCCAUGAGCAUGUCUUCCAGCAUGGUGCCCUCGGCGGUGGCCGGCGUGCCGGGCUCCGGCCUCAACAGCCUGAACAACUUGAACAACCUGAGCAACCCUUCCCUCAACUCGGCCGUGCCCACGCCCGCCUGCCCCUACGCCCCGCCGACCCCUCCUUACGUUUACCGGGACACGUGUAACUCGAGCCUGGCCAGCCUGAGACUCAAAGCCAAGCAGCACUCCAGCUUCGGCUACGCCAGCGUGCAAAACCCGGCCUCCAACUUGAGCGCUUGCCAGUACGCCGUGGACAGGCCCGUGUGAGUGAGUGUCGGGACGCCCAGCCUCUCCGCCCAAUUGUUGGUUGGGGGUCGGUUGCUUUUUUUUUCUUCUUCUCGGUUUUCCUUGUUUUCUUUGUUUUUUGGUUGCGUUCAGAAAAUGUUUUAAAAAAUUAAUAAACAAAAAAAGGGGGACGCCCACGCGCACAUUUCUGAAUGGACGAGGGACACCCCUCCCCCAAAUCCCCUAUCACAGGACUUGAACCUUCGAAUCCAAAGUAAAAAAAAAAAGCACUGGGGGGGGGAAUAAAAAUUUAAGAAGCAACUUGACAAGGAA